AUGCGUGGGGUGGGGGGGGGGGGGGGGGGGGGGGGGGGGGGGGGGGGGGGGGGGGGGGGGGGGGGGGGGGGGGGGGGGGGGGGGGGGGGGGGGGGGGGUGGGGGGGGGGGGGGGGGGGGGGUGGGGGGGGGGGGGGGGGGGGGGGGGGGGGGGGGUUGGGGGGGGGGGGGGGGGGGGGGGGGGGGGGGGGGGGGGGGGGGGACAGAUCACUGA